ACGCAGGAGGACUGAGCUAGGGGUCCCCGCCUCCCGGCUGAAUCUCAGCUUUUGCUGUCUGCCCCCUCCUGGCCCUUCCGCCCCCAUUCGCCCCCUUUAAAUAGAGGUAGAGCAGCUGUUUCUUUACACCCCUCGGUGAACCUAGGGUGUGGUGGAUAGAGCAGCUCUUUCCUGAGCCUCUCCUGCAGCGGUUGCCUCCAAGCUCAGCUAAUACUCCCUUUUGCCUUCUCCAGGUUCUUCUCUACUAACUACCCCACCACUGGCCUGCACAAGUCUCUGGUCCUCAGCGAUCAAGGACCAUGCCGCCCUUAAUAUUGCUCAGUCUACUGGGAGCCAUGGCUCUAGGAGCUGUCAGUUCCAUGCCAGUGGAUAAAGGAGACCACAUAGAAGAGAUGGUAACCCGCUGCAUAGUAGAGGUCCUUUCCAAUGCUUUAUCAAGACCAAAUGCUCCUCCCAUAAAUCCAGAGUGCAAGAAAAUCCUGAAGAAAAGUGGGCAACAGGACAAAGAUGAAACAGAAAAUGAAAGUGAAAACUCCAAAUUUGCAGUAAGGUUGUUAAGAGACCCAACUAAUGGAGAAACUCAUGCACCUAUGAGUUUGGAGGAGGAAAACCCAGAAGAGAAAGAAUCUAAAAGACAAAUGGAAGAAGACACAGAAAAGCUCCAGCAAGAGGAAGAAGGUAAGGAAGGAAGAGGAAAGUAUCAACCAAGCCUUCAUCUUCAUGAAGACCAAGGCCUUCAAGAGGCAAGAAAGCACCAGCCUGAAAAUAGCAAUGAGAAAGAAAAGGAAAGGGUGGGAGGAGGAAUUGAGAAAUAUAAAAAAAAUGAUCACAGUGAAGAAGGAAGUCAAGAGAAACCUCUCUAUGAAGAGUCAGGGGAGAUUCAAAAUACCUUUCUUGAAAAAAGAAAUCAAGCCAAAGGUAAGAUCACUGAAGAGUUUGCAGCCCAAAAUAAUAGAUACUCUGUGGAGCAUCCUGAGAAAACACAUAGCCAAGAAAGAAGCAGCGAAGAGAGUGAAGAGGAAAGUGAAGAUAACAGCAGUGAGAAACGUGGCUGGGAGCCUACAAAUCAACAAAGAAGUGUCGAAUCAGAUGAAAGUGAAGAGGCUUCUGUCUCUGAAGUGACCAAACGUCGGUUGAAACCUAGACACCAUCACAGGAGAUAUAGACUAGAUCAGUCCUUUGAAGAGAAGAAGGCUCACUCUGAAGAAAGAAGAAACACACUUGAAUCUGAGGAAUCAAAUGAAGAUAAGGACCAUUUCUGGGACAAGAGAGGCCACCACAAAAGCAAUUAUGAAGACCUACAGGAGGAACCAAGUUAUCAUGAAGAGAAGUGGAAUUACCGCAGGAGCCAUGGUCCCGAUGAUCUUGAGGAAGAAAGAUACAGCGACAGGGCAAGUGAAGAGUACAGAGAUAAGAGACAUCACAAUGAGGAGAACCAGCAAGAGGAAGAGAAAAGAAACCAUCACAACAGACAAAUUGAAGAGGCGAGACAUCACUAUGAUGGAGAAAGGGAGGAAGGGAGGCACUUCGAUGAGGACAAGAGCCUCCGUGGAAAUAGAGAUGAUAAAAGGUAUCCCAGUGAGAGACAACAUUAUGCAAAAGAAAGCAACAUGGACAAUGAAAGGAGGCAUCCUAGGGGAAGGAAAGAGCAAGACAGAAGUUAUUUGGACCAUGAUAAGAGAAAUAGUGAGGAAGGUGAUAUAGGAAAGUGGCAGCAGAGAGAAGAUGAAGAUGGUGAAAAUAAUAGAGAGGAAGCUAGGUUUCAAGAAAAAGGAUUUGAUAUCCAUCGUGCAGAAGAGAAGAUGAAGAGGUUAGGGAUUCCAUACAGUCCCUAUUAUGAACCCCUCCAGUGGAAGAACAAACAUUUUGAAGAAAAGGAGAGAAUUCCCAUGAAUGAAGAGGAAAGCCGAUCUAGCCUGAAUGAAAAGACUUUCUUCCCUGACUACAAUGAUUAUGACUGGUGGGACAAAAAGCCAUUUGUAGAAGACACGAAUCAGGAGCAUAAUGAGAAGAGAAAUCUUAUUGGCAUCCCUAAAUAUGAUCUGAAAAAGCAAUAUGACAGAGUUGAUGAACUUGCCCAGCUUCUCAAUUACAGGAAGAAGUCGGAUGAAUUUCCAGAAUUCUAUAACUCUGAUGAAGACAUGAGAAAACACCAGAUGGUCAGGAAUGAAAAUGGUGGCCUCAGUCAGAGGCCUCUGACAGAAGAGGAGGAGAAGGAACUAGAAAACCUGGCUGCAAUGGACAUGGAACUACAGAAAAUAGCGGAGAAAUUCAGUGGUACCCAGAGAGGGUGACCACUCUGGGAGCAGUGGUACGGCGCUUCGCAGCAGUGGGUAGCUUUAAUAUACACGCAUUCACACUACCUAGUGUUGGCAGAUGCUGCCACCAGAAAGUAUCAUUUACCCAAAGACAGUUAGUAGAGUUUACUCACUCAGUGUAUUUACAUGGUUGGAAAUGUCUAUAUUGUUUUCUAGGAUGCUAUUGAAACUUGAAUGGCAUGAAUUUUAGUAUAUAAACUCACAUUUGAAUAUGCUUUGUGAUGAAUGUGCUGCUGUCCUUCAGAAAUAUAUUAUGCCUCUUAAUCUGAAAAAAAUAAAAAAAAUAAUCUAGGACCAAAUA